AUGCCUUCUUCCAGUCCCGUAGGACGCACAAGGGGCCUCACCUCCUUCGUGCGACUUCUUGCAUACACAUUUCUCUUCUUACAGGUGGCUACUCUGGCCGAUGCCGGUACGCCCCGUGAUCUGACCCGUGUAUCUCAAUUUCACAAGAAAGAUCUAGGAGGAUCCUUCUCUCAUUUGGGCGGCAUUCGAAGCCGAGCCGAAGAUGUCAGUAGUCCAGGGGACCCUGAUGCCGAAGAACUUGACCCAGAGGAAUCCGACCCGGAAGACCCCGACUCAGAGGAUCCUGACUCAGAUGACCCUUUCCCCCAGUUUCCAGACCCAGUGGACCCCGAGGACGAAGAUCCCAUCCGAGAAAGCCCAGCAAUAAUACUGGGUCUUCAAUAA